AUUUAGACCAAGAUGUCUAAGUUUUUUGUACAAUUCAAAAUGUUUUAUCCUGGUUAUCAUGUUAUAUACGACAUGCUCAGGCAUAUCAGUGAUCGGUUUACCUGUUCUUAUCCUGCCAAGUAUUGAGAAAAGAUUUAGUCUAUCGGGUAAAGAACUGGGGAUUAUCACAGCUGCGACUGACGUCACCGCUCUUCUCUGUGUCGUUUUUAUCAGUUACUAUGGUGACUAUGGCAACAAGAUCAAGUGGGUUGCAGGAGGAGCAGGCGUUUCAGGUUUUGGAGUACUUUUGUUUACUCUACCUCAUGCCAUCGUUGGACCAUAUCAUGUUCCUGACUUUGAAGAAAGUGAAACUGGAAUGUGCUUAUUGUCCAAUAAAACGUCUUCAUCGAGCACGUGCGACAGCGAUGGUAGUGGAAGCACGUGGUACUAUAUGAUGAUAUUUGUUAUCGCACAGUUCAUCCUUGGUGCCGGUAUCUGUCCAUUGUAUUCACUGGUCCCUUCCCUCUUGGAUGAAAAUGUUGAACCAAAACAAAUGCCUAUGUGUCUUGGUCUUUUGUACCUCUGUACGUUCCUUGGUCCAGGAAUUGGAAUAUUGCUGGGUGGGCAAUUCCUGAGCAUUUACGUUGACAUUGAUCAGCCAGAGGGAUUAAACCUCACUCCAAAAGAUCAUCGUUGGAUAGGAGCAUGGUGGUUAGGAUACAUCGUUUUUGGUUUACUAUUCUUGUUGCUAGCAAUUAUUUUAUCGGGUUAUCCCAGCUCGUUACCCGGAUCAAAAGAAAGACGUGAAAAGCACAUCCGGGAAGGAAAUUUACAAAAGAAAAGCAGCACGAAAGAAGCAAGCAUUAAAGAAAUUAUUCCUGAGUUGAAAACGUUACUUUCGAAUCUGACAUUCCUGUUUAAUGCUCUUGGAGUAUCUGUUUCGUUCAUUUUCAACGGCGGUUUGCUUCCAUUUUUGGCGAAAUUAGUUCAGUUAAAGUUUGAAUUGGAUCCUGUGAAGAAUGGAUAUGUGUUAUCAUCAAUUCUUACGCCAACAACAGUGGUUGGUGUUUUGUUUGGUUCAUUUGUGGUUCGACAAUUUUCAGUGAAAAAUGUCUGUAAAAAAGCAGCUCUCUUCAACGUGUUCUUAAAGAUAUUGGUAAUUGUAGCACCGUUCGCAGUUCUGAUACCUGGAUGUACGAAUGUUAACAUGGCAGGAGUUUCAACUAUCUAUAGUCAUAGAGACAGAAUAAAUACGAAUACAAGUUACAGCAACGAUAAACUCAUUUCCCAGUGUAACUUCAACUGUAGCUGCAGAAUAGAUAAGUUCAUACCCGUGUGUGGCUCUGACAAUAUUGUCUAUGCAAAUCCCUGCUAUGCUGGUUGUUCUGCUAAAUACAAGAAUCGGACGUUUGGAAGUUGUUCUUGUAUCCUUACUGGUCCUACCAAUGCAGAUACAGCAACGCAAGGUUACUGCGAUAGAGAUUGUAAAAAUCUGGCCAUCUUUUUUUUCCUCCUUGGCUUUGCCCUAUUUUCACGCUUUGCGUCGAUCGUUCCAACACAAACUGUUGUUCUGAGAUGCGUUCCGGACGACAAAAGAGCGUUCGCAACGGGAAUACAGUAUUUAAUGCUGAAGACAAUCGGGUUACUUCCAGGUCCUAUAAUUAUGGGCCAUCUAUUCGACCUUUGUUGCCGAUUGUGGCAAGAUCUCUGUGGUAAGAGAGGAAGGUGUUUCGACUACAAUAUUCAUCUUCUUGAAAGGAAUAUCUGUAUCUUUGGAGCAGUAAUAAUCGGUGUGUCAUCAAUGCUUUUCGUGCUUUCGUGGCACGUAUAUAAUCCUGAAGAAACCUCCGAUGACAAAGAAGAACAGAAUGACAGGAACGACGAAUUAGGCAUAUCUAAUGGUGAAACAGUGAUGUAGUGUCCAUGAUUACUCUACGAAAUAUAGCAGGAGCCCUUUUGAAGGUUUGGAACUGCUAGUCUGGUUAUUAUGUUAUUGAUAACUGUGCUUAUCACAGGAAACUUACGUUUUAUAACCCUUAUUUUAUAAGUACCACAGGAACUUUAGUUUAUUAGAUUACCUGAUUAUGCAUGUGUAAGGCAUGCUGUAGCCACCAGAACUGGGAAGUAUAGUGGAGGUAUCAACAUGGUAAAGAGCUAAAAGAUCUACGAGUGAAGAAUAAGGUGUUUUAUAAAGUAAGGUUGAGAUACUAAGGAAACAUCUCUACAAGGCCCCCCCUUGUAUUUAGUUAUUGUAGAGUUUGGUACAGUUUAAGUUUAGGAUUCACACUAUAUUAAUGUAAGUUUAUGUAUUUGCUCGACCUAUAGUCGAAUCAUGUUUCACAUUUCGCGUUUUAUGUCCUCGAUUUCGAUUUAAAUAUAUACGGAUUAUGAGAUUUUAUGAUCUACUAUUUUCGUUGCGUUGGCAAAGGCGGUAUUCACCCGUUUUCGUGCGUUUCUUCGCCUUAAUUGUGCUUACCGUUUUUUUCAAGCUUUAUACCAAAUUGCAUGGGAUCCUUGUUUGUUUUUUUAUGCUGUUAGAGCUUACGCCUUAAAAUACAUAUAUAGUAUUGUGCGUCGAAAAUUUGAUUAUAUAUUUUGUGUUUACGUA